AUGGUAGAGUUUGCCAUUAACAACUCGGUGCAUGCGUCCACGACACAAACACCGUUUUACGUGCAUGGCUUGCGCCAUCCGCGUGUACCCACCUUACUCGAGAGUAACUCUGGUUUAAGGGGGGGAGGGACUCGCGCGAGCAAAAACCGAUUUGGCUCACGCUCAUCACGCUCCGACGAAGAGUUCAUUGCGUUUGAUGCCGAUAUCGAUAACAUCGAUUUCGAAGAAGAUGAUGCCAGUGAUGGCGAGGAAGCCCUCAAUGAAGAAGAUGAUCCCAGUGAGAGUGCGGAAGCCCUCACUGAAGAAAAGAUGAGUUCAUACUGGCUCGUGAAACGGUAG